AAGGGUUAAGUCCUCCAGGGCCUCCUAGGCUCCACCCUUUCUCCCUGCGCGUGAGAGGAACUUCCUUUUGUUUCUAACCCUUAGUACAGCACCCAGAGCCACUCUCCACCCUGUCUUGACAUCAUGACCGGCCUGAGCCCCUCACAGCUCCAGAAGUUCCAGGAGGAUGGAUUCCUGGUGCUGGAAGGAUUCUUGUCUGCAGAGGAGUGUGUGGCCCUGCAACAGAGGAUUGGCCAGAUAGUGGCCGAGAUGGAUGUCCCUCCCCACUGCCGUGCGGAAUUUCCUCCUCGCAUCCUCAACAAGGCAGAAGAGCAGCAGAAAACCCAGGACAACACAGAGUAUUUCUUGAGCAGCGGCGACAAGAUUCGAUUCUUCUUUGAGAAAGGUGUUUUUGACGAGCAAGGAAAUUUCCUAGUCCCUCCGGAGAAAUCCAUCAACAAAAUUGGCCACGCUCUGCACGCCCACGACCCAGUCUUCAAGGGUGCCACCCACUCCUCCAAGGUGCAGGCCGUGGCCAGAAGUCUGGGCUUCCAUAUACCUGUCGUGGUGCAGAGCAUGUACAUCUUUAAGCAACCUCGUAUUGGCGGCAAAGUCCCUGCCCACCAGGAUGCCACCUUCCUGUACACGGAGCCCCUGGGCCGGUUGCUGGGUUUGUGGAUCGCACUGGAGGACACCACGGUGGAGAACGGCUGCCUCUGGUUCAUCCCUGGCUCCCACACCAGUGGAGUGUCCAGAAGGAUGGUCCGGACCACUGCUGGUUCCAUGACUGGGCUCUCCAUCCGGGGAUCAGACCCAGCCUGGGACAACAGCCUCUAUGUGCCCACAGAAGUGGGGAGAGGAUCCCUCGUCCUAAUUCAUGGAGAAGUGGUGCACAAGAGCGAGCAGAACCUGUCUGACCACUCGCGCCAUGUCUACACUUUCCACCUCAUGGAGGCCUCUGGCACCGUCUGGAGCCCAGAGAACUGGCUCCAGCCAACAGCUGAGCUGCCCUUUCCCCCACUGUACACCUAAGUGCCGUCUCAGGGUGGGGACACUGCCCCUCCUGGUGAAGCCGUGGGCUGCAAAUACCAGCGGGUCACCUGAACCCCCAGCUGCAACCAGGAAGCCGUAUCUCUCCUCCUGGGCUUUCCUUAUGCCAGUGUCUGCACCCCUCGGCCCUGCAGAUGUGGCUGGAGGUGACAGCCGGGCAGCAGGAGCCUGGGCUGGGUGGCCUUCUCAAGAUCUCUGUCUCUCUGCCUCCCCGCUGCCCAACACCACCUCCCUCUAGAGCCAGCCUCUCAGCCGUGAAAGGGUUCUGGCCACUUCCCUGCCGGCUUCUUACUCUUCUCUCCUCUCAGAUGGAAUUCUGAUGAUUACAGUGCAAGAUACUGAAUAAAAAUAACCCCUGAUUACUCAUGUGCUAGAUAUUGAAUAAAAAUGACCCCUAAAUG